ACUGACAGUUCGCUUUUCGAGCCGGGGAUUCUCGAGAAAUGAACACGGGAGUCGUUAGUCGACUUGUUUGGUGGGAGGGAGAAAUCAUGUGAAUGGCUAAGAAAAGCGAAAUGUCGUGGAGCCAUGAUGGGCGCCCAAGACCGGGCCGACCGGCUAAAAAUGAAUGUCUACAUAAACUGAGAUACUGAGAAGAAAUAUUUAAAAAAUAAUUCAACAUUUCAGCGAAUUCGUUGCUAAUGAAUAUAGAUGUGUAUUAAGGCUUUACUUUGUCACAACCUGCCUCGAUAUCUUGAGAGCGAUUGAAGAUGUCGACGCUGCAGUGGCGGUGCGAGCUGGUGACCUGAAAUAGUUACAUUGUAACAUCAAACAAAGGAACAGCUCCGCGGUUGAUACAAUGUUGCUGUUAGUCAGCUAAUAACAAGCUAUAAUGUUUCUUGUCACCGUUUACAAUACGAUAACCUCUAAUAGUAUGCCUCUGUCCCCUUCUCUGUGUUCUCAAGAAUUGGAAAAGUGAGUAUGAUUCCGACGUGUCGCCUAACAUUAGUAAAAAUGUGGUUUAGGCUAUUGAUUAUUCCUCUAAUGACAUAUGCAACGAUGCAGUCUUUAUAGCCUUUCCCACCCCCACACGGCCCCACUCCAAAGGCAGUCAUUGAAUGAAUACCUUAGAUUUCCUCUCACUCACACGUUGCUCUUGCAUGCUCCGUGGGGAGGAUCCAACAGGAAGUGAAGGCACUUUAGACUAAUUAUGAAGCUGCCACCAUUUAGGCUACUGUAAGCAUACUGUACACGCCUAUACUGCACCCUAUUCCCAAACGUGUUGCUUUUCUGCUAGGUCUGUAUGGUGUAUUAGGCUAUAAUGUUUGUUUGUUCAUGGCUGGCGGCUGCUGAAUGGAUGGACAUGUUGAACAUUCUAAUCUAAUCACGACAGUUGUUGGUCUUAUUCUCACCAAGGAAGGUGAGUUACAUAGGGUUUCAUAUAGGCCACCAAUAGACACACCUGUAAUGCACAAAAUCUUUUUCUGAAUGGUGAAUUCAUCAGGAUUUGAAUAAUAGUCACACAAAUAUAUUUUAAAAUAUAAUUUAAAGCACAUUGCUCAGCAAUAGUACAGCCCAGUUUGAUAUUAGUAGGCCUAAAAACAAUCAGGGGGGAAAAACAAGGAAAUUGGUAUAAGGACAUGUAUUUCCUGUUUCACAAUGCUACUGUAUGAAUCAUGAAUGUUUCAUGGAUCGUCCUCCUUCAUCAAAACCACAGCUGCAUCCCGCACUGCUAAUGACUGUGGUUGGUUAUGUUGUAUAGACAUACUGUAUAGAGUCUAUGAUUCUCUUUCUAUGCGGUGUACACAGAACCCACAGGAUUUGUUCCACAUUGCACCCUAUUCCCUUUAUAGUACACUACUUUUUGACCAGAGCUUUAGCACUAUAAACGGAAUAGGGUGCCACUUGGUCCGCUCCACAGUGCGAGUUGGUCUCACCUGCAUUAGUUCUGACUAAGCAUGCCAGUGCUGUUACUGUUAUCAUCACCACUACACAAAACAGCAUUCAUUCACCAAGGCUGCCCGGUAACCUUGCUGAGUGAUCAUAUUACAUGCUUUGCCCUUUAAGGUUAUGCAGAAACCUUUUCAGUUUGCAUGCAGAAAUUACAUGUUGGUAUAUGCUGUCAUUAUUGCCAUUUGCUUGUAAUGGUCAUCUUUACAGUUUCAACAUUUCGAAGUAGUCAACUGGGUGGGACUUUCUAUCGGGUUAAGAGGCACCACAUAAUACCAUCCAGGUCACCAGGAGGACUCAGACAAUGAAUUAUACUCCAAUUGGCUCGUUCAUCCCCCCUCCUCUCCCCUGUUUCCUAUUGGCUCAUUCAUCCCCCCUCCCCUCCCCUGUAACUAUUCCCCAGGUCACAUAAUUCCAUCCAGGUCACCAGGAGGACUCAGCCAAUGAAUUAUACUCCAAUUGGCUCGUUCAUCCCCCCUCCUCUCCCCUGUUUCCUAUUGGCUCGUUCAUCCCCCCUCCCCUGUAACUAUUCCCCAGGUCGUUGCUGUAAAUGAGUUGUUCUCUCUCAAUUUACCUGGUAAAAUAAGGGUACAACAAAUAAAUAAAACGAGCAAGCAUUACAUAACUGCAGGUGGCAGUAAAUCGCCAACCGUGGCUUUAUACCUGUUCAAACAACACCCUCCAGGUGGUAGUAUGCACCCUUUCAGUUUGUUUACCAACUCGUAGAAGUAAUAACAUAAGGAAAUAGCCUCAAUGGCGCUGCCCAUUUUCUCACAGACUCCAUAAUGGGAAAGAUACUAUGUUGUGUCCUCUACCUCUAUGUGGACCUGAAUAGAAGUAGUCCAGAGACAUGCUGGUUAAAGGGCUGUUUAUCUACUAUGGGUGGCCUCAGAAGUCUGAGAAUCACAAGAACUCCAGAAUGUAACAUUGGACAUUAGGAGUUGUGUUCAGAGGGCAUGAAAUGGGAGUAAAACUUGUGACAGGGGCACUAUUACUUACAUCCAUCGUUCAGUUCAUUUUUCAUAAUCUAUUGGUCUGCUUGAUCUGGUUCUUUUCACAUUCUUUUCCGCUCUCUUCCUUUCCUGCAUGCCUAAAAGCAUUCUGGGAUUGGUCCGUUGAAUUCUCUCUUAGCUCUGUUAAACAGAGAUUCGCUUCAUGAUGCCUCAGAGGAACCCCUUGUGUUCAGCAAUGGAUCAGUCCGAUCCUGAUCUCCCUUCCAGACGCUGCCAGGUGGACUGUACCACUGAGGUGGCAGUGGAGGGAGGUCAGAGGAACGGGGGUGGUGCUGCUUCGUCCUCCCCAGAGAGUAGCAGUGUGAAUGGAGACGGCAAUGGGAAACGCAGUGGGAAGAGGCGUCGCCGUCGUAAACGCUCCGCUCAACCCGAUAACCGCCCGGCUCCUGUUGCCAUGAUGACUCCGCUGCCACCACCACCACCUGGCCAGGAGAAAGGGGAGGAGCCCCAGCUUUGCCAGAAGGGCAGUAGCCGCAUCUCUCCCGACCCUGCUCCUGACUCCCCCGGCGCGGUCCUGCUCGGCCUGCGAUCUGAGUGUGGUUCAGUGUGGUUUGACCGCAGUGUGUAUGAGCAGGCUGAGAGUCUGUAUCAGUGCUGGUUGGCACACUCUGCCAACGGGUCGAUGACACGGCCCAUCGGCUCACCCCCAACCCUGACGACUGACAACCACCCCGCCUCCCCUCAACCCUCACUAUCACCCUCACCCCAAGCCCCGAACCACCCCAGCAACCAUCCACCCAUAGUUGCCAAAGAGCAUUGCAUUGUUGCAGAGCCACUGCAGCCAGCAGCCCCAGAAUUCCUAGCCCUCCCUGCCAACAGCCCCAGCACACCAGCCACGCCAGAUGAGGGGUACCUGUCCCUGGCCCAGACCCCCCAGGCAGCCUCCACAUCUCCACUGACCCCGGCCCCUGGCCAGCCAGUGAAUGGGCUCCCCCGUCUCCCCAUGGAGCUGCUGAGGGACGUGUGGCUGGAGAAACCUCUCUACGACCGGGCCGAGGCAGCCUUCUACCAGAGCCUCUAUGGAAACAACCGCUCUCCCACCGGCAACAACCUGGGUGGUGGAGCUUCCACCUCACGUACCAACCCCAACGCUCCCUCAACCUCCAGAGGAAGUGGAGACCACCCACAGAGUCUUGUUGAAGAAGAAGAAGAGGAGGAGGAGGAAGAAGUGGUAGAAGAAGAAGCCGUGGUCUCACAGGGGAAGCUCGAAGUCUUCCACGCUCUGCGCACCAUUCAGGAGGAGGAGGAGCCUGCUGACGUCGCAGAGGAGGAAGGUGGGGCCAUGUCGAUGGGAGGAGUGUGCUACUUCCUGCAUCCAGACAGCGAGAGGGUUUGGCUGGACCAGAGACGCUACGAGGCUGCAGAGAGCCGUUUCUACAGUUACCGUCAGAUUGUACCUGCUGAGUCAACAGUAGCAGACAGAGAGGAGGGGGCUCGUGGGCAAGAAGAUGCUGUGGUGUCGGCAACAUUGUUACCACAACCGUCAUCGGUCGCCUGCACCGGCCCUCUGAGGGACAAGUAUGACCCCUCCCAGGAGACUGGACCUCUACAAACACAGCUUCACUUACUCCUUUUUUCCCCCCUUAUUUUUUUUCUCCUUUUUGAUGUUGUCUGUGUCUUGGUUUGGUUAAUUUGUUUGUUUCACAUAAUUUAUUAAACUUUGUUUGGCUCAUUUGUCUCUUUUUUGUUUUAUUUGGUUUUUAGAUGUAAUCCUUUUCCAUUUAAUUUUUUUGCAUAUGCUUGAUUUAUUUGACUCAAUGUUAGUGGUUUUCAAAGAUGUAGCUUACUUCUAAGGAUGAUGUUAGUGUGGCGUUGACGGUGAAAGAGAAGUGGUCUUGUCUGUAAAUAGUGGAACACAGAUGGUUAAAACAGAGGGACACAAGCUUUCUGGUGGACUGAAUGUUACUUUACUAACCAUUUGUUAUCCUGUCUGUCUCUCUCUCUCUGUCC